UACAUUUCCUAGCCAAACCUGUUUACUCAGACUGCAAUUCACACCUCACUUACCCCACCCCUUUCCUCUCAUUUGUGGAUUAAUUCAGGAAGUAUUUGGGGAUAAUAAAAUGAGCAUGCUUUCUCUUAAAUUUCCAUUUCUCCGAAGACAUUGUUUAACAUGGAUCACCUGUCUCUUCUGCUGUGUUCACUAUUUAUACCGACUUCUCUGCAGUCAAUACAGGGAAGUAUUGACAGGCACAUAGAAAAUGUCCAAAUUAUUCCACUAAAGGUACAGGAGUUCGGUUUGUCACUUGUGCCCACGAGAUGCAGAUGCAUUAAAUUCAUUCAACAAAUCCAUCCAAAGCACAUUGGUGAUUUUGAAGUAACAGCACCAGAUUCGUCCUGCCAAUUUCCAGAAGUCAUUGUACGGUUGAAGAAGGACUCCUCUGAAAAAUGCUUGGAUCACAAAACAAGACAGGGAAAGAAAUUGAUUCGCUGCUGGAAUAAGUUCCAAGACAGGACUCAGAAGAGGAUGAAAUGCAUGAGGCGGAAAAAGAAGAAUUCAAAAGUACAGAAAAAAAAGACCAUAUCUUAGUACUUAAAAUAAACAUUUCUAACUUUAGCUUUACUUUAUAAGCCAUCAUUAAUUGUACACAAUAGCAAACUAUAUGGCUUGAAAUUUUCGCCAGAAAUGAAAAUAUCCUUCACCCAGACUACAGGAAAAUAUUUUACUUUUCUUUUAUCAUUAUGCUUGCAAUUACAUCCAAGCACCAUUACCACUUUAGAAUUUUGAAGUGUUCAUGAUUCUUGGGGUCUCUAUGUGAAAUAUUUGUGUUGCUGAAGGUAUAACUCCAUCUGAAGCAGCAUCAUAAGUACGUCAUUAACCGGCCCAGAACAAGAGUU